CAACUAAUGAAUGGUACCUCUGUCUCUCCCUUGCAGCCCUAUAAAACAUUUCCUCCAUUGAGGCUUUUUCUUUGACUCAUUUCUCUCCACGUUCAUUCAUUUUCAUAAUAAAAUCAGUCACAUUGUAUCACAUUUUGCUUUGCCAAAAAAGAAAGAAAUUCUAGAGAUACAUCUCCAUGGCAGCUGCUCUAAGAUCAUCAUGUCUGUGUUUUCUUGCAUUGCUAAUUGUGAUGAUGCUAUUCAGCAAUUCUAUUGCCCAGAAUAGUAUUGAAGAAGCAAAGCAAUUUCAGAGCUUAAGGAACUCGACUGUAACGAACAGGUUAAGUGGAAACGAUGAACUGAGGCAUGAACAUGCUGUAGAUGAUCCAGAAGCCAUUGCUUCCAUGGUGACUAUGAGCAUUAGGAAUAGCACAGAGAGGAGGAAAUUGGGCUACUUCUCAUGUACAACAGGAAAUCCUAUUGAUGAUUGUUGGCGAUGUGAUCGCCAUUGGCAACGUAAUCGCAGACGCUUAGCUGAUUGUUCUAUUGGCUUUGGACGCAAUGCCAUUGGCGGCCGCGAUGGCAGGUUUUAUGUUAUAACUGACUCAGGUGAUGACGACCCUGUAAAUCCCCGACCAGGAACACUUCGUCAUGCAGUAAUUCAAGACGAACCAUUAUGGAUAGUGUUCAAAAGGGACAUGGUUAUCACCCUUAAGCAAGAGCUGAUCAUGAAUAGUUUCAAGACAAUCGAUGCUCGUGGUGUGAACGUUCACAUUGCGUAUGGGGCUUGUAUUACUAUCCAAUUUGUUACUAAUAUCAUUAUUCAUGGACUUCAUAUUCAUGAUUGUAAACCAACUGGUAAUGCCAUGGUUCGAAGCUCACCAUCACAUUAUGGUUGGAGGACUAUGGCUGAUGGUGAUGGCAUUUCCAUUUUCGGUGCGAGUCAUAUCUGGGUUGACCACAACUCUCUUUCUAAUUGCGCUGAUGGCCUUAUUGAUGCUAUCAUGGGUUCAACUGCAAUUACCAUUUCAAACAAUUACUUCACCCAUCACAAUGAGGUGAUUUUAUUGGGGCACAGUGACUCCUAUGUCAGAGAUAAGGUUAUGCAGGUUACAAUUGCCUUCAACCAUUUUGGUGAAGGUCUCAUCCAGAGAAUGCCAAGAUGUAGGCAUGGCUAUUUCCAUGUGGUGAACAAUGACUACACACACUGGGAGAUGUAUGCCAUUGGUGGCAGUGCUGCUCCAACAAUUAACAGCCAGGGCAACAGAUACCUUGCCCCAGUGAACCCUUUUGCCAAAGAGGUGACGAAAAGAGUGGAACCAUGGGAAGGAGGAUGGAAGCACUGGAACUGGAGAUCAGAGGGAGACCUUAUGCUGAAUGGAGCAUACUUUACUGCAUCUGGACGUGCCUCUCCAGGCAGCUAUGCAAGAGCCUCAAGCUUAGCUGCUAAAUCCUCUUCCAUGGUGGGAACUAUUACCUCGAAUGCUGGUGCACUUUCUUGUCACCGAGGUAACCAAUGUUGAUGUCAAACACAUCGACACAUCUAGUGAUACAAACCGCAUCAUCGAAUCACCUUUACCUCUCCAUUGAAUUCAGCAACCUAGCCAAUUUUCUAUAGUUAUCUUUCUUCUCUUAGUUUGUGUCCGUUCCUGAGCAGGGGCGGACCCAUAAGGAUGGGUUCCAUUUAACCCACCAUUUUCAGCUUCAAACCUAAAUAUAUAUAUGAGAGAAAUCCUAAAAUGUUGUAUAAAUAUUAUAUUCUGAACUCAUAUAUCAAAGAAUGCACAAUAUUGAA